AUGAAGCUACAGAACCUCUUCGCACUGAGUGCUCUUUCAUUAUGGGGCGCUGACGGCCGCACUGCGUGCAGUCAGAAGGUGUUGUCCUCGCCUUGUCGUGAAUCCGAUCCGUUGUAUGCCGGCGCCAUUCCGGACAGCGAAAAUCCACUGGUCGUCACAGAGAUGCCGGACCAUGUGCGUCCGUAUGUUCUUCGGCAUCUCACCGGCACCACGGUCGCGGUAGGCGCGACCAUUUUUCGCCUGCUCGUCACCGGAGCAUCGUCCGACUCGAAGCUUUCGCUGCUGAGCAUCUAUGGCAGUGGCGGUCCCCGCAUUGCCACACACUAUCAUACACGUUUUUUCGAGACCUUCUUCUGUGUCAAGGGCAGGGUGCGAGCGUGGGAAAAUAACGCGGGGCGCGAGCUGAUCGCCGGAGACUUUGGCGCCGCUCCGCCGACAACGUUUCACAGCUUUCAACUCCUCGAGCCAGACACGCAUCUGGCUGCCUUCAUCGCCCCGGCGGGGCUAGACAGGUUCUUCAUGACGGUCGGUGAAAGCUGGAACUCGACAUCAGGAUCGUCUUUCUCUCCUGACGCACCGCGGCCGUUUCCAGACGACAAAUUCAACGGCGAAGCCUCGCGAUUCGACGUUAACAUAGACGAGGGAUACUUCUUGAACUACGACUUGACUAAUGCCACAACGGAAGAUGGGCAGACAUCCUGGCAUCAGAGCUCGAAUGCACUCUUGGGGAAACCGCGAUCUUACUAUAUUGCAAACAACUGGGGUCCUAAGUACCUGGAGCGAUCUCUGGGCCAGAUAGUCCAGCCGCUCGCAACGAGGGCCAAAAGCGACGGGAACAUGACGCUUGCCACAAUCACACUCAGGCAAAGACUCCCGCACGACGAUGUAAAAUUGCUCAAGUUCCUGGAUUCGCAAGCAUUUCAGGUUCUCGAGGGGCUAUUUACCGUGAGUCUCAAUGGUACCAAUACGACGUUGGCUGGAGGGGACGUUGUUUUCAUACCAGCCAAGACAGAAUUCCGCUAUUGGUCAUCAGCCAAGUUUACAAAGGUAUACUUGGGCACGGCGGGACGUGGCUUGGACUCUUGGCUACUGGAGAGAGCCGAGAAAUGGGAUCACGCUGUCUUUCCCGCCGAAAUGUAG